CCACAAAAAUUACGAGAAUGCCUCACCUCUGGAGUACAUCUGUCACAUUUCUCAAAAAAAUUGAAUUAAUUAAUCUCAUUAUUUCACCUGAAAGUUCAGACAUCAAAAAAAAUUAACCAACUCAAUUUGUUCUUCUGAGCUCGGAGGGAGGAGAAUGGCGAAGUCGAGCGCCGACGACGAGGAGCUCCGCCGCGCGUGCGAGGCGUCGAUCGAAGGCACAAAGCAGAAGAUCGUAAUGUCAAUUAGGGUGGCCAAGAGCAGUGGGAUCUGGGGCAAAUCCGGCAAAUUGGGCCGCGGUAACAUGGCGAAGCCUCGUGUUCUCGGCAUUUCAACGAAGGUAAAAGCUAAAAGGACUAAAGCUUUUCUUCGUGUCUUCAAAUAUUCCAAUGGAGGUGUGCUUGAGCCUGCGAAAUUGUACAAGCUGAAGCAUCUUUCAAAAAUUGAAGUUGUAACGAAUGACCCUAGUGGAUGUACUUUUAUGCUGGGUUUUGAUAACCUUAGAAAUCAGAGUGUCGCCCCACCUCAGUGGACUAUGCGCAAUGUUGAUGACAGGAAUCGUCUUUUGCUUUGCAUCUUAAAUAUCUGCAAGGAUGUUUUGGGUCAUCUUCCUAAAGUCGUUGGCAUUGAUGUAGUGGAGAUGGCUCUUUGGGCUAAGGAAAAUACACAAGCAGUUACUAAGCGGCAGGGAGACCUUGAAGAUGGGCCUUACCAAGUUGAAGUUACAGAAGGUGACAUGAAAGUGACUGUUGAAAGGGAACUUGUGUCUCAAGUGGAGGAAGAGGACAUGGAAGCUCUUCUAGGCACUUAUGUUAUGGGUAUUGGUGAAGCGGAGGCAUUUUCUGAGCGAUUGAAGCGAGAGCUUCAAGCAUUAGAAGCCGCAAAUGUACAUGCAAUUUUAGAGAACGAGCCUAUGAUACACGAGGUAUUACAGGGCCUUGAGGUAGCAACAAAUUGUGUUGAUGACAUGGAUCAGUGGUUAGGUAUUUUCAAUGUAAAACUACGGCACAUGAGAGAGGACAUAGAGUCGAUUGAAACCCGGAAUAACAAACUGGAAAUGCAGUCAGUAAAUAACAAAUCGCUAAUUGAGGAACUUGAUAAGCUUCUUGAAAGAUUGCGUAUACCGUCUGAGUAUGCAUCAUGUCUGACUGGGGGAUCGUUUGAUGAGGCACGAAUGCAUCAGAAUAUAGAAUCAUGUGAAUGGCUAGCCAAUGCUUUACGGAGCCUUGAAGUGCCCAAGUUGGAUCGUACCUAUGCAAACAUGAGAUCUGUUAGGGAGAAGCGUGCAGAACUUGAUAAGUUGAAAAACACGUUUGUUAAAAGAGCAACUGAGUUUCUGAGGAAUUAUUUUGCUAGUUUGGUGGAUUUCAUGAUAACUGAUAAGAGCUAUUUCUCUCAGCGUGGGCAACUCAAGAGGCCUGAUCAUGCAGACCUGCGGUACAAAUGUAGGACAUAUGCUCGCCUUUUGCAACACUUGAAGAGUCUUGAUAAGAAUUGCUUAGGCCCUUUAAGGAAAGCUUACUGCAGCUCUCUGAAUUUGCUUCUACGGCGAGAGGCUCGUGAGUUUGCAAACGAGCUUCGUACUAGUACAAAAGCAUCGAAGAAUCCAACUGUGUGGCUUGAUGGUUCUGCAGCCUCUAAUCAAAAUACAAAUAGUGCCGACACAUCUACGGUUUCUGAGGCGUACGCCAAAAUGCUCACGAUUUUUAUUCCGCUUCUUGUUGAUGAGAGUUCUUUUUUCGCGCACUUCAUGUGCUUUGAAGUUCCAGCUCUUGUUCCAUCAGGAAGUUCCAACGGCAGCAGAUCUGCACCCAAUGAUGAUGACGAUUUGGGUAUCAUGGAUAUUGAUGACAAUGGCAAAGCUGGUAAAAAAACUGCCGACCUGGAGGCCUUAAACGAGUCACUUCGUGAUUUGCUUGAUGGAAUACAGGAAGAUUUCUAUGCUGUGGUCGACUGGGCGUAUAAGAUUGAUCCUCUUCGUUGUAUAUCAAUGCAUGGAAUUACCGAACGCUAUAUUUCUGGUCAGAAAGCUGAUGCAGCAGGGUUUGUGCGUAUUUUACUUGAUGAUCUUGAAAACAGAAUUUCUACCCAGUUUAGUCGUUUUGUCGAUGAAGCUUGCCACCAGAUUGAAAGAAAUGAGCGAAAUGUUCGGCAGGUGGGAGUCUUGUCAUAUAUACCCAGGUUUGCUAUUCUUGCAACCCGUAUGGAGCAGUACAUUCAGGGACAGUCAAGGGAUUUGGUUGAUCAGGCUUACACGAAAUUUGUCACCAUAAUGUUUGUGACGUUGGACAAAAUUGCUCAAGCAGACACGAAAUAUACAGAUAUUCUGCUCUUAGAAAAUUAUGCAGCAUUUCAGAACAGUCUAUAUGACCUGGCCAACGUUGUAGCCACUUUGGCAAAAUUUUACCACCAAGCAAGCGAGUCUUAUGAACAAGCUUGCACGCGCUUUAUAAGCACAAUCAUAUACUACCAAUUUGAACGACUCUUCCAGUUUGCUCGCAGAAUAGAGGAUUUAAUGUUCACAAUCACACCAGAAGAGAUCCCGUUCCAGCUUGGAUUGUCGAAAGUGGAUCUCCGAAAGGUCGUCAAAUCAAGUUUAUCUGGGGUUGAUAAGUCCAUCACUGCAAUGUACAAGAAGCUGCAGAAGAAUCUGACCUCCGAGGAACUGUUGCCUUCGUUAUGGGACAAGUGCAAGAAAGAGUUUCUGGACAAGUACGACAGCUUUGCGCAACUAGUAGCUAAAAUAUAUCCAGGCGAGAAUAUACCAGACGUCUCGCAAAUGAGAGAUUUAUUGGCGUCCAUGUAGAGGAGAGUGUAGUUUUUUUCUUUUUUUCUUUUUAUAUAGUUGCCCUUAUGGUUUUCCUUUAUUUUCUUUUUCACCCCUGUUUGUUUUAUUCAUAGAUCAUCUUACUUAAGUGAAGAUAUAUCUGUUAGGGCGUGUAUGUAUGUGCGUGUGAUGUCUACAUAUGAUCUUUAGUUUCUAGUCAUUAUUGAGUUUCGCUCUUUAUUUGUUUAUUUAUUGUUGCAUAGUUAAUCAAGUGUUGUGGUAUAUGUUAGUUAAGUUUUUAUUUUA